AUGGCGGAGAAGUCCGAGGACCCGAAGGGCUCGAUGCCCACGGAGCGGAAGUCCAUGUGGAAGACGGCCGAGGAGAGGCGCAUGUCCGACCUCACGCGGGUGUUCGAGUGGCUGGAGCGGAGGCAGGGCAAGAAGAAGCAGGCUCAGCCGAAGAACAAAGCCAAGCCAGUGACAUCUCCUAAAGCAAGUAGGAGAGAAGACAAGAAAGGCAAAAACAUCCAGAAACAGAAGAGAGAUCGCCACCAGCUGUCAUUCCCUGAGCAGGCCCACAGGCUCAGCUCCAGAAAGGACGGAGACGCCGUCAUGUACCGCAGGCUCUACGGGCUGGAGACCAAGGGGAAGCGCCUGAGCAUGGUCCCCGGGAGCUACGCCAAGGACGGCACCAAGAAGACCGACAUAGAGAUCAAGGACGGCACUGGCCUGGAGUCCACUCAGCGGUCAAUACAAUACCGACAAAGCAUGGUGGACCCCAUAUUGCAGGAUACUCUCUUUCCUGCACGGAAGUCGACCCUGCUAAGGGAGUGGGUGGGCAAGAUCCCCGACGGCUCUUACGAUCGCAGGCUGAAGAACCUCGUGGAGAAGGGAGCCGAGGCCAAGAUGGAGGUCGUGAGGAUGCUGAAGCCGGAGGAGGUGCUGAGCUGCCGGUACCUGAGGCUGUCCGAGAAUAACGUUCGGACCUUGCUCAAGCUGUGCAAGGACGCAGGACAGAACGUGGACAUCCACCCGCACAUGGUCGAAGGAGAGAUCGACUCUAAGAAGGUGUUCGCCCGGAACCCCACCGUGGCCCUCUGA